UAAGAACUCAUGCCAGCGUGCGAUUAUUCUGUGUCUGAUGUAAAGGAGUUUUGGUUGACGAAACUUAAAGUUUAAAAAAAUAUAAAAGUGAGCGAAGUCUCCAAAACGUGGAUAUAGAAAUAAUUUCGGGAUAAUUUUUGGUCGGGGUAUCUUAGUCAGCAAACCAAAAUUCCCUAAACUGCGUGCGCCAAUGUGGAAUAGGUAUCAGUGAUAGGUAUCCGUUGUUGGCCAUUGUCGCGCGGCAGCAAAAUCCAUCAAUUUUGUUGCGUAGCUAUUUGCAAAGGGACCGCUGCACAGGAGUAGAGUUUCCAGGGAAAUGGAAGGCAAUCACAAAAAGAGCAAUUGAUCAAAUUGGGAAGUGAAAUUGAAAGAGUGGAGGAAAGUAAAUGAUUGAAUAUAAAUACAUUGGUGAAACUGGAAAUGGAUGAUGAGAAUGUACCACAAGGUUCUAGUGAUAUUAACAUUGAAGUUUGGGUUUCAAAGCGGAAAGCUAGCAGUGUUGAAAGCUACCACAAUGAAUAUGUGAAGAAGUAUGGAAAUGAUGAGUAUUUGUCUUCCAUCAAUGUCAAUGAAGACAGCGAGUCUUUGCAUUUCCAGGAGAGUCCUCUGCUUGUCUGUAAAGAUGAGACAUGUGAAAGUGACCGUCAAGGACAAACCAAUGGACCUACGCGUGUCACUGAAUCUACAGCUGAUGUUGUGCAAGGUGAAAUUGUCAAUCAAGAUGAAAAAUCACCUGUCGAGCCAGAAUCAAGUACAGAGUUUUGGCAAGGCUAUGGCAGCAGCAUCUAUUUCCACCCGAUGACAUGCAAAACCUUGCCACUAAAGAGUGUGAAGUCGAAGCAAGGCAAUUCGCAAAUGUUGAGGUUUUCUAAAAGAACUCAACCGAGGAAGAAGCGCAAUUCAUCUGCAAUGAGAUAUCGCAUGGAUAUACCCAGUGUUAGGGAAAUACUCUCCAGUCUGGGAACGCUGCAAGUUCAUGAUGCAGAAGAUGGAGAGCUCGUUGCAAGGUCUGGUGACAUUUCAAGUUCGCCUGUCAUGCGCACAGGCAAUUUCGUUAUGUCUAGUGAAUCGAAAAACAAACUGUGCAAAGGAUUCGCAUGUCGUGGAACUAAUGAAGUUUCUAAGCCAAGAACGCAGCCGCUUACUCACUGUUUUGCAUGGGAAACGAAAAAGGAAAUACCUAUAGGAAUCCAAGUUAGAAAAAUGUUAGAGCUCUCGAAACACUCUAUCGCAAAUUCAACAACACCUGAUUCUAAGAGACAGCUAGGCAAUUUGAGCACAAGGAAUGCGAAUUCAACAUUGCCUUCUAAGAAUUUACCACUGAACGUUUACCGACUAAACAGUCCGAGUAAGAAGGUCAUCGAAGGGAAAACUUACCACUUGACGAGCAGUUUGCAGUCCAUAAACAGGGUAAGCCUGUCCCCGUUCAAGAGACCUUCGAAUCAAAAACACGUGCAUAGAGUCACCACGCCAACAUCUAGCAGCAUGUUGUAUCCUUCACCUGAACCAUCAGACGACGAAGACAGUCCGGCUAGUCCCGAUGUACAGGUGGUGGCUGAUCACUUGCAAGAAAUGAAGAGUAGUGAUGGCAAUGGCCGAAUCGAAUGCAGUAAUGUAUCCAACGAGGAGCAGUAUGCUUAUGACAGUGCGCUCAUGUACUACGUAAGCAAAGUCAAAUCUGCUGAAGGCAACAGCAAGAUUGACAGUGCUCUAUCUGCGACUGGUUUGUUUUCAGACAAACGGCAAAUGGCGAAGUACGUAAGCAAGACUGGACAGCGAGAUGCAAAUUCCAGAGUUAAACGAAAGCAGAAAAGUGCUAAUGAUCUGCGAAACGUUCACGUGACAGGGCGAAAUGUGAUGCAAGAGUUCCCGACCGCGAUAGACCAAAUAGAAUCUUCCCGACUUAGGAAUGACAUUGUAGAACCGCUACUGGUCUCUGAUUCGUUCCCUUCGAUAACGAGUUUCCCUACAGCGCUGACACACAAUAACUUGACACACAAUAGCGUUGAUUACAUAGAGGACAGUGACCUGUCGUAUACAGAACAAUUCAAUUCACCGUCAAUGGCCGGCAAAGUUGUUCGUUUUGGCGACAGAGAUGAACAGCAUUUCAUGAACGAUAUCUCUUUUUCGAUGCCUGUAGAAAGUUCUCCGGCCAAAUUAGUCGAUCGCUAUGAAAUUCCAACUUCAAACGGCUGUCGCUUGCCUAUUAUCGGACAGAAGAUAACUACAAAGAUUUAAUCGCCUUUUCCGUAUUACACACCGUUCAAUAUAGCUUUUUUCGAUGACGAGAAGAGUUGUGCAUAAAACGAUGCAUUUCUCGUAGAAAAAAUCAAAGGCAAUUUUCAUGCGAUAGCUUGAUUACUUGUCUGUCUCGACGUAUUAAGAUAAAAAACAUGAAAUCCCUUCGUCAUUUUUGCAAUUUUCUAAAAACAUCGUUGCUGUGAACACUUUUCUUGCUUUUUAUGUACGUUUUUUAUUCAUAUUUUCUACACGCAGAACUUUUCUUGGUAGCUCUGUUUUAAUUAAAUAGUUUUAACAACAAAAUGCUGGCAUCCUCACCACAAGCUUCUUUUUUUGAUAAAAAAGAAAUAUCAUAAAUAUAAAAUGUAAAUAAAACAUAUCUUCUACCUUUGUGUUAAUCAAGUAAAAGCCCAUUUCUACAAAAACGUCACAGCUGUCGCCCCGAUUACUUUGGAGGACAAUGGUCUUUUGUUCUAAAACAAUAGGUAAAAUGUGACGUCAUUUUAUUAAGACAAUAGGCUUGCCCCCCUCCAUAUUUGACCAUAUGUCUGCCCCUGCGCUACAGCUGAAAAGCCCAUUUAUGAACUCUCAUUUUCUACACUGAAUAAAAUCAGGUAAAUUCUAAUUCUGCCAAGUUUGGGUGGGCAGCUAUUAGAAGGGGACGGGCGCUUAUUAUAAGAAACCACAGCUUGUGUCUCGAUUUUGUUUUUCAAAGAGAAAAAGAUUCAUAGCGUGUUAUAAGAAUUUGAAAAAAUAGAUAUCCAUAGAAUAUCAUAUAAUGGUAUUUUAUACUGUAAAUUGGACCAAGCAAAAUGUGCGCUGCUUUUUCUUCCACCCCUAAAGUAGAUUUAUAGAUUGUGAUACAAUUCAUUUGAUCGGUUUAAAAGCCAGUCAGAAUGCGAGAAGCGGUUUAAAAGCCAGUCAGAAUGCAAGAAGCGGUUUGAUAGCCAGGAAAAAUGUCAGGAUCAAAUGGGGGUUGUGAAGUAUUCUGGGAUUACCCAUGGUAUAUUUCUAACGCAGAUAAAAAUUUUUAGGUCUGAAUAAUGUUACCACAGCUUCCCUAAGUAUAUCAAUUAUUCCUUUGCUAUUGCUUGAAAUUUACAGAUAUCAGAAGAAAAUAGCAUUCCAAAAGUGCUUGCCUCUAGCUCGUUUGAAUGAAGAUUUCCAGGGAACGAAUAAUUUGAGAGAAGUAGUAACUAAAGUCACAAAGCGGUUGCCCCCGUUUAUAGAUUCUUUUUCUUGCGUACUCUUUGAAGAAUGGAAAUAUAUCUGAAUUCAUAAAAAAGCUGCGAUAUCCGAUAACAUGACGAUAUUCAGAUGACAUAAGAUAAUUGUUAAUACAUGCAAAGAAUCUCAAGAUGUAAGUUCAAUUGAAAAGAUCUUGCAGUGACCGCAAAACGGUGGAGAAAAUAAGCAGAACGGUAUUUUGCAAAAGUUUAGACGUAACAUUUUAGUAUCAACUCAGACAUACUCCAAAAUAAUAAGUAUGUGUUUACCAGUUUUAAUUUUGUCUUGUUUCAGCUGUCCUAUUUUUAUGUUGCCCCCCUCCCCCCCUCCUAAUGUUUCAGACCUUCCAACGAUGGUAUUUCUACCAUCACCCAUAACACUAAUUAAUUCAUUAAUUUUCCUGCCCGUUUGUCAUGAUUCUUUUAAAACCAGUUUGUUGUAGUUCAAAACUGAAUGAAGUAAACUGAAUAAAAAUUGAACUAGUCACUCACUGUAUAGGCAACUAGAUUUACAUAAAGGUAACCUUCACGACAGUUAUUUUUCAUGCAAUUUUCUUAAAGUGCCUGUGACAUGAUUUUCGUACUUUUGGUUUAUAAAUCUAUUCUUAUGUAAAAGGGCCUGUUAUUUUCAUUCCUGAGGUAAGUUUUUACGUUUCGUGAGAAAUUAAGGAGUUAUUGGCGAUCUUCUACGCCAAAAUUCGCCAUCUUGGUUUUCAGAAUGAGUAGACAGUGACGUCACGAGAGGGACCAGAUCGCCUCCUUCUUAAAGUUUUUGUAUCGUAGUCAAUGAGGGAAAUCUAACAGGUCCAAUAUGAGCGAUAUUUCCAGAGAAGGUAGUGGCAGCGAGGAUGAGAUUUGUGAAGUUAACGCUUACAUUGUUAAAAUAACGAGUUCCCCCCAUGACGUCACAAGAGAACGGCAAAUGAUGAUAAAGCGACUUGACUAGGCCGCACUAUUUUGCUUAAUUUCAAUAUCAAAACGCUUUUGUUUCAAAAAAAGUUCAGAUCUACUAUAAGAGCAGUGCAACGCUUCAAUUAAGAGAAUAAAAAAAAAUCAUGUCACAGGCACAUUAAAUAAAUUUUUUAUAUAUGCAAUUCUAUACGAACACGAGAAUUACAAAUUGCAAAUUGUCAAAAACCUAAGAACAAAUCAGAAGCAAGCAGGGAAGGAGACACUACAGGGAAAUUUUCAUCAACGUUUAUCCAGACACGUAAAUAAUAGGGGGGGCGUGGGGGGCGUGACGCCCCAAAGGUUGGAAAAUCCAAUUGUAGUUGGAAAACUUGGAAUUUUUUCACUUGGAAUUUUGUUCACUUUCAAAUUUUGUUCACUUGGAAUUUUUUCAAACUAUAAUGACCAAAUGUGUAAAUUUUAUAGCUUAGGAUUUUGGGAUUUUAAAAGUAAAAAUCUUAGACCUUUUUAAAAUUCAAACUCUGGAGCAGGCAUAUCUUCUAAUCGUUUUUAGUUGCGAAUCCCUGUCACCACUGGAUCUCAAAUUGCAUGAUUGCAUCGUUUGUUUCCUUUUUGACAGGGGUUAAGUUGAAUUAGAUUAUUUCAAACAGGCAAGGUGAAUUUCUGGAUAAGAAGUUUGAAUUUUACCGUCAGUAUUGAUUGAGCCUGAAGUUUUGAAAAAUCGUUCCCUGUAUCUGUUGAUCGCAACAAUUGAAAGUAGGAUUUUUUUAAGAAACAACGGGUAGCCAAUUCAAUUGAAAACAUUACAAAUCUUUCAUUGCUAGAAAUUCUCAACGCUUCUUAACGGGUGUAUGCUAAGCUCCCCCAUGCACUUUGUAGACCUCCUUAAAUCUCAUCAUAAAUUGCUAUGAAAAAAGUGAUGAGAAGCCACAAAACAUUGAUCAAAGAAGCAGCAGCAGAAGUAUUUGAUCAAAGACGAGCGUUUUAUCUUACGAAUCGGACAUAUGUACUUGCCCUCAAAUCAUCCUUUUCAGUUCCAAAAAGCAAAGGACAUUUAGCCCUUCGAAAAUUGUAAAACUUUUCAUUCGAUCAAGAACAAAAGAUGAAAUGGUAAAUUCUUUGAUGCUUCUAUAUUGUGAAAAAGGACAAAGAACACCAAUAACUUUCCUGUAAAUUUUCAGUGCACAAUUGUCUUGAUUUCCCUAGCGUAGUAGAUUUUCGGAUUCUUUUGAAUCAUUAUUUGUGUACCAUAUUUUGAAUAUGAGCUUUAAACAGAAAGCAUUUUGAAGUAGCAAAAUGGAGGCUGUUUCUUGUGACCAUAAAUGG